UUCAUUCAUUCAAGUUGUUGGCUUCACGUGGUAUUCAAAAGUUCUCACAGGAACAGGGGAGCUGAUUGUUUAUAUUUAAUAAUUAAUAACUAUUUUGUUGAGUUAAAAUUCAAAAACUACUCAAUAAUGAAUUUGUUUGAUGAAUUUUUGAAUGCGGUUAAUGAUGUUAAGCUUGGAUUCAUCGUGGCGAUGGUUUUGGGCUACAGUUUUUAUAGGUUUGGUAAAAAAAGUAUUCCUGAUGCAACUGAAAAACCUGAUGAAGUGAUCAUGGAGACAUUCAAUAAUAGUGAUGACGAUUAUAAAAUGGUUUUGGUUGUAAGAAAUGAUUUAAAAAUGGGUAAAGGUAAAGUUGCUGCUCAGUGUGCACAUGCUGCUGUUAGUAAUUAUAAGGCUGCUAGAAAAUAUCCGAAAAUUUUAGCUGGAUGGGAAGAUUGUGGCCAGAAGAAAAUAGCUCUAAAGGUUGACAAUGUUGAACAAUUAGAACAAAUAGCUAAGAAUGCUAGAGCUGUAGGACUGAUAGCUAAAAUUAUCCAAGACGCUGGUCAUACACAAGUUGAACCUGGUUCCAAAACAGUUUGUGGUGUUGGUCCUGGACCUGCUGAUUUAAUUGACAAAGUAACGGGUCAUUUGAAAUUAUUUUAAAACUGUAUCAGUAUAAAUAUUUAAAAAU